AACUUAAAAUUAAUAAUUUUUUGACCUCCCAAGAUUUUAUAAGAGAGUUGGCUUUGUUUUAACCUAUUGAAUUCUUUGCAUAAAGCAACUGCAUUUUUAUACAAACCACGAGGAGAUCUUAGAGCCGAGAAAGUUGACACAAGCAUUCUCUAAUCAUCUGUUCUGUGUAAUAUUUCAUGAUCCCUGUGCAUGUGUGUUUUGUUCCUAUUACUUUGCUCAUACUGUGCGCACCUACUUAGAGCCAACAACGGUGCACAUUCUGUUAAAUUCAGACAUCAAAAUCUAUUCUCUAUCAAGGGCACAUGAUUUUCAAGAGACUAUCACUUACAUGAUGAAUCAAUUUGUCACUGGAAAAGUUACCAUUAGACUUUCGGCAAUAUUUUUCUGUUACUCGAGCAGGUCUUUGUAUGGUGACAAAGCAACAAAGUUGCCUGAAAGGACAAAUGAAAUGACUGCAGUUUAUGCAAAGCACUGUGUUGAAUUAGCUAAAGAACUUGGUCUCCCUUCAAUCAAUCUAUGGUCAAAGAUGCAGGAAACUGAGGGUUGGCAGAAAAAGUUCUUAAGCGAUGGCUUGCACCUGACAGCAGAAGGUAAUGCAGUCGUCCAUGAAGAAGUUGUAAAAGUUUUCAAUGAAGCCGGGCUUUCAGCCCCGAAGAUGCCAUAUGAUUUCCCCCACCAUUCAGUAAUUGAUGGGAAAAAUCCUGAAGAGGCUUUCCGGAAUUUAUGCACUGGGGUAUAAUGCAGUUUUGUAAUGAUUGACUAUUUAUUAAAACAAUCAGAAUUCAUUAUAUUCUUUUUAUCUAAAGCAGGGCAAAUACAUAUAUACUGUGUUUUGUAUUAUCCAUUGUAUCAUGCUUCUGGUUGGAACAUGGAACGUACGAAAGCAUGAAAAUGUAUGAAUACCAAUUAAAUGUGCAAGCCAAUUGCUCGUCUGAGGGAGCAAAUCUCUACA